CCAUUGACAUUUACACAGCGGAUGGUCGAUCCGCUGUAUUUUUAGAUCCAUCUAUGCAAAUUACAGAGUCUCUGAGAAAGUACUUAACUCCAGCGUUUAUUCAAAACCCUUGAAAAUGACCUUUAGGAUAUUAUCUCCAUGGCUUGCUGUGCAAAAAAAAAAAAAAAAAAAAAAUCACAGUAUUGUAGAGCCUCAUUUUAAAGAAAAAAAUAUACGGGAAAGUUUUUUUUCUCAGAAGCAGAGUUUAUGCAUUGUUUACAACAGGACCACUUUCAUUCGUGCUAUUCAGCCAAGAUCUGCUGUCUAAACUACACUGCUCAGUGUUGGGUGUGAGCCCAUCAAAUGAACGAUCCUUUUUUUUUUUUUUUCAUAAUUCCACUUUUGCAACAAUGCCAGAUAUUUCAGAAGCUUGUGAAGGCACCUUAAAUCUGCCUAGUCAUUUUUUUUACUCUUUAUUCAUUCUUGAAAGUUCCAAAAUUCCUGGAAUUCAAAUACCAUUAAGAUUCUAAACUGUUGCUAGGCAUUGUCAUCACCUUGCCUACCGCAGUGUUCUUCCUUAAUGUGAUAUUUUCAGAUUAGUGGUCAUUUCCACUUUCCAUGUAGUCUCUGUCUAUGUUGGGUUCCGGAUAGAUCCUGCUGAGGACUGAUCACCAUGGAUCCUCAAAAGCCAACUUUUAAGAAAGAGUUAACUUUCAAGAAAUCACCUUCCCUCAAGUCUUCGAUCAGUGGUUCUUCAGAUCGAUUAUCUGACAGGAAAAGGUCAUCUGACCGAGGGAGGACCUUUGAUAGGCGGAGAUCUUCUGACAGAAGGAGGUCCUCCACCAGAGAGAGCUCAUCUGACAGAAGACGAUCAUCUGCCAGGAGGCCCUCUACAAGAGAACCAUACUUCAGAAGGAGGUCAUCAGAUGAGCGAGGGAGGACAGUUGACAGAAGGACUUCUUCUGGUAGAAGGAGAUCCUCCACCAGAGAGAGAUCAUCUGACAGAAGACGAUCAUCUGCCAGGAGGCCCUCUACAAGUGGACCAUACUUCAGAAGAAAAUCAUCAGAUGAGCGAGGAAGGACCUUUGACAGAAUAACUUCUGACAGAAGGAGAUCCUCCACCAGAGAGAGAUCAUCUGACAGAAGACGAUCAUCUGCCAGGAGGCCCUCUACAAGAGGACCAUACUUUAGAAGGAGGUCAUCAGCUGACCGAGAGAGGACCUUUGAGAGAAGGAUAUCUUCUGACAGAAGGAGGUCUUCCACCAGAGAGAGAUCAUCCGACAGAAGGCGAUCAUCUGCCAGGAGAUCUUCUGCAAGGGAACCAUAUUUCAGAAGGAGGUCAUCAGCUGACCGAGGGAGGACAUUUGACAGGAGGAGACCUUUUGACAGAAGGCGGUCCUCCGCCAGAGAGAGGUCUUUUGAAAGAAGAAAGUCAUCUCUAAAGUGGCCAUAUUUCAGGAGGAGGUCAGCAGCUGGGCUGACCUUCAGAAGAUGGUCUCAAGUAUCAUCAGAUGAAGAAAGUUUAUAUUCUGAUUUAGAAGAUUAUGAGAAUGACUGGGAUUCAGAUGAGUCUUCGGACAUGGAGGAUUCUGAACAUACUUUGAGCAAAACCAUCAAAACAAAUAUUCAGAUGGACGAGGAUGGUCUAGGUAUCAUACUUAUUCAGAAUGGGCCUUAUCUCCAAGUUUCGGGUGUAGUAGACAAAGGUGCUGCUGCCAAAGACGGCAAACUCCAAGCAGGAGAUAUCCUACUCAAAAUUGGACACGCAAAUGUCUUAGGCUGGACCUUGCGAGAACUCAGACAGCUCCUGCACACUGUUCCCAUAGGAACCGUUCUGCAAAUCCAGGUUUACAGGGAUUUUAUUAAGAUCCCCAGCCGGUGGCAGACGGCCCUCGUAAACAUCCCUGAAUUAAAAGGACCUGCAACAGAAUUCCCUGCGGGAACUGAUCCUUCUCUACAUUUCAGCAUAGAGAGUUACGCCAGUGAGGAAAAUUGGACGAGCAGUGAAGACUCGGAGAACGAGAGUGAAGGGAAGGUUGAGGACAGCGAGGAGGGCAGUGAGGAAAGCUACCAAGAACCUGAACGCGCGAGAGCUUUAUCAGUGCGCGGUGUCCGUAGUGUCCACAGCUUCCAUGGUGUCCAUAACAUCCGUAGCUUCCAUGGCAUCCAUAAUGUCAGUAGCUUCCAUGGCGUCCAUAACGUCUGUAGCUUUCAUGGCAUCCAUAACGUCCAUAGUGUCCAUAACGUCCAUAGCUUCCACAGCGUCCAUAACGUCCACAGCCUCCGUAACGUGAAAGCUGUGCGCUCACUUUCCGUCGAGCCUUUGAUCCACCAACCCACAUGGAUCUCCAAAGACUGGCACAUUUUUGAAAGGAAAACCUAUACCUUUACCGUGGGUUCCGACAUCGGUUGUGACAUUAUGAUCCAUCAGGACUUUGAAACGGAAAGCGAGGUGGACAUGUCAACAUUAUACGUAUCGUCAUCCUCUCCGUACUGGACUAUGCCCAAACAUAAAGCCCCACCCUCAGCCUCGUCUUCUUCCUCCGUGUCGGAUGCAUUUUGGCUUGAAAAUGUUUCUUACGAACUUGAGUAGACGGGCCUCUGAAUUUAUCUUUGGCCUGGCCAAGAUUGGGGGCGUCGCAUUGGAGCUUUGGGCUGGAUUUUCGUUUGCCCCCGUUAUCCCCGAACUGGAAAUCAGUUUUCAUCUGUUUGGAGAUGGGAAAAUCUGGGGUUUUUUUUGAAAUGAGAAAUGCCCUCCUAUGGAGGAACUACCUUAGAAGGGAAGAAGAAAACCACAAUCAGUUUUCUUAGUUUCCGGAAGCCAUCCUCUGAAGUAUAACAGAAAGAGCUGCGUUCAGCCGCCUUUCACUUUUAGAGGUAAGAAUUUACUUCAAAACCACCACAAUGAUAGUGCUGUCUCUUACAUGGCGUAUAGAUCAGAGGUCUCCAACCUUUGGGGCACCAAGGACCGGUUCCGUGGAGAGAGGUUUUUCCGCGGACCAAAGGCUGCGUGGUUUUGUGUGCUGCCUGCAUCCUGCGGAUGGGGCUUUGCUUGUUUGUGUGGCCCAGUACUGGUCCAUGGACCGGGGGUUGGGGACCCCUGGUACACAGAAUUCCCUUUGAAAUAGCUAAUCCCAAAGCC